ACAUUGACAGGAAUUAACUUUGUGAGCAAAGAUUCAGACUGGCUCCAUUCAAUAAUCAUCAUUGCACGAUACUGCAUUUGCUGUGCAGGGGAAGCAACGGCUGCUAGUCCAAUAUUGAACGUGUCCUAUCAGGCCAUUUAAUCAGCUCCAGUUGUGACCACUGCAGCAUAAAAAUCUCAGUGGAAACUGCUGGAAUGUGGAGAGUGGGAAGGAGGCGCUGAGAUGCCGGAGGCAGAGAGCUUUAUUUGCUCUAGGCUCUAUCGUUAUAGCAUAUAAAAGGCUUAAAGGGACUGAAAUACUAAAGGAGAGGAGAAGGUGAGAAGACAAGUGGAGCUGCCAUUGCCGAGACCAGCAUCAGCCAUGGGGAGAGCUGGACAGAAAACUCUCCUCUCUUUACUCUGUCUAGCAGCAACGGUUUGUCGGGCUCAGGACACCUGCCCAGAGGUGAGGGUAGUGGGUCUCAACAGUACCGAGAAACUUACCAUUGUGCAAGGCUGCCCCGGAAUUCCGGGUGCUAUAGGGCCCAGAGGAGACCCAGGAACUACAGGAAAUACAGGAGAACUGGGACCUCCGGGGUUCCCUGGAAAGGCGGGAAAAGCUGGCCGAAAAGGAGAAAGAGGUCUUGCUGGCCCCCCUGGAGUGAAAGGAGACACUGGAAACCCUGGACCCCCUGGAAUACCUGGAGAGGAUCUGCUGGAAGACAUGCAGUGUCAGAAAGGAGCAAAGAACUGCAAGGAGCUGUUAGCUAGAGGGAACAUCAUGAGCGACUGGUACACCAUCUACCCCCGUGACUGUAACGCCAUGACCGUGCUGUGUGACAUGCACACAGAUGGUGGAGGAUGGAUUGUGUUCCAGAGACGGGUGGAUGGCUCCAUGGAUUUUUAUCGUGACUGGAAUUCAUACAAGAGAGGUUUUGGCAGCCAGAUGUCAGAAUUUUGGCUGGGGAAUGACAAUAUCCACCUGCUGACAUCCCUUGGUCCCAAUGAGCUUCGUAUUGAUCUCAGAGAUUUUGGCACCAACUAUCAAUUUGCUCUCUUCUCAUCAUUCAGCAUUACAGGGGAGAAUGAGAAAUACAAGCUGAUUCUUGGAGACUUUGUGAAAGGCACUGCAGGGGAUUCCUUAACUGGACACAAUGGUAUGAUGUUUACAACCUAUGACCAUGACAACGACUUGUCUAUACUUAAUUGUGCUGAAGACUUUAAAGGGGCCUGGUGGUACAAGGAUUGUCAUGUGUCCAACCUGAAUGGAUUAUACCUGAGUGGAGCCCAUGAAAACUAUGGUGCUGGGGUGAAUUGGUCUACAGGCAAAGGGCGCCAGUACUCCUACUGGUUGUCUGAGAUGAAAAUUAGGCCCGCGUAG